AGGGCUCCACCCAGGCAAUAACUUGCAGCACAAUUUUCAAUUAAAGGAUGCACACAUUCAAAGGGAACUGGAAAUCAUCCUAAAUCAGGCUCUUCCAUGUGUGCGUGGUUACAACUCCGUCUUUCAAAAGCAAAACAGGAAACUCAGAAAGAAACUUUGAGGCUCAAGGGGUUAAAUGAAAUCCAACUCUCUCCUUUUCCUGUGCAGUAAGGAUUAGUAACCAAACAGAAGCUGGGGAGAGGAGGGUGUUGGAGCCACUGAUUGAGCUACAGAAGUGGGGAAGUGGACACGCAGCUGGGCUACAGGGUGGCUUUAGUGCCUCUAAACCUUACACUCACCUUCAAACAAACUGAUGCAGAAGAGGAAGAUGAAGAACUUGUUCCUCCUGCUCACGCUAACAAUGAUGCCACUUCCUGCAUCUUCACUAAGAAAUCCCCGAAGGGCCUUCUCCAACACCACACAGGCCCGCAAGGCAAAGCGGCAGAUUGAUUUCUGGGGGGGCUGGGGAGAAUGGAGCGAGUGCAGUCGGAGCUGUGGUGGGGGCAUCAGCUUUCGGCAACGGCGCUGCUACUCGCAAAGGACAGAUGGUGGGUCUAACUGUAUUGGACCAACUCGAAACUAUCGCUUGUGCAAUAUUCAGAGCUGCCCUGAGGGCUCCAGAGACUUCCGAGCAGAGCAGUGUGCUGAGUUUGAUGGAACAGAAUUCCAAGGAAAGAGAUACAAGUGGCUGCCUUAUUAUGGAGCUCCCAAUAAAUGCGAGUUAAACUGUAUUCCCAAGGGAGAGAACUUCUACUACAGGCACAAGGAAGCAGUGGCUGAUGGGACGCCCUGUGAGCCAGGCAAACGGGAUGUUUGUGUCGAGGGAGUCUGCCAAGCUGUCGGCUGUGACGACAUGCUCAAUUCUGCCAAGAAGGAAGAUAAGUGCCUGCAGUGUGGAGGGGAUGGCAGGGCCUGUUACGAAGUGAAGGGCACUUUUGAUGUGCUCAGCCUCCCCAAAGGUUACAAUCAAAUCUUCAUCAUUCCCAUGGGAGCCACAAGCCUCCGCAUUAAGGAAGUUAGGCCCAGCAGGAACUUCCUGGCCAUCAAGAAUGUGCAGGGGGAAUACUAUCUGAAUGGGCACUGGACGAUUGACUUCAGCCGAGACCUGCAUAUCGCUAGCACAGUUGUGCACUACGAUCGAGGCUCUGAAGGGGACCUGGCCCCUGAGCUGCUUCACUCCAGGGGUCCCACCACUGAGCCCUUAGUCAUUGAGCUCAUCAGCCAGGAGCCAAACCAGGGGGUGCAGUAUGAAUACUACCUGCCCGUGCAAGGGUACAGCUCGGGCUACAGCUGGAGCUAUGGCUCUUGGAGUGAUUGCAGCUCUGAGUGCGGCGGAGGUUACCAAUCACGCCUGGUGUUCUGCACCAUAGACAAUGAAGCCUAUCCAGACUAUAUGUGCAGGGACAAACCAAAGCCAGCCAAUAACCGGACAUGUGGGCUUCAAGCCUGUCCCCAGACAAAACGGAUAUCUUACAUCUAUCUGCCGGGAGUGUGGAGCCACAGCGGAGCCUGGAGCUCUCAAAUGAAGAGUCUUGGCCUUCACAACAUCCUCUGGCAAGGAGUUCCACAGGUUGACUGUGCAUUCUGGAAAACCGGGGAGUGGGGAGUCUGCUCAGCCACCUGCGGGGGAGGUACCCAAACUCGCUCAGUUUACUGCAUGUCAAACAAUGGACAAGGCGCCCCUGGGGUGGUGGAUGAUGCCAAGUGCAUGGCCUUUGCGGAGCAGCCCCGCAGCACGCAGCCCUGCAACAUGCGACAGUGUGCGACGUGGAGCACAGGGCCCUGGUCAGAGUGCUCAGCUAGCUGUGGAGAGGGCGUUCAGACCCGGACCGUCACCUGCAGAACCGAGUUGGGCUCUCAGACUCAAGACUUUGCCUGCCUGACUGAGCCUAAACCACUCCUCAGCCAGCCCUGCAGCAAGGAGAAUUGCAUCCAGAAAAUUGGUUGGCACAUUGGAGCCUGGGGCCUGUGUUCGAAGAGCUGCGACUCAGGCAUCCGAACACGCCAGGUCAUCUGUGCUGAUGGUGAUUCCAAAUCCUACCCCCCUGAGACGUGCAAGGCCAGCCAGCCACAGACCCCAGCUGUGCUGGGAAGCUGCAACAUUCAGCCCUGCUAUCUGCCACAGCAGGUUCCCAGUAUGCAGGAUACCACAGGCUAUGACGUCAGCCGAGAGUACUUGCUGACCCGCUACUACCCGGACAGUGGCACAACAGUUUAUAGCAAUGAAAGAACAAUCCAAGGUAGCACCACACACCACCAGCUCCAGCCCAGUGAAGAUCGUAGCUCCAACUUCUUGCCUCUUCGUUGGGAAUCCCACUCAAGCUCUUCACGGUCCCGGCAGUUCAGCUCCCAUCAGGAUAUUGCCACAGGGACUGGCCCUCAGGACUGCAGCCAGAGCCCUCAUGGCUGCUGCUCAGAUGGUCACACUCCGGCUUCUGGCCCCUUUGGGCAAGGCUGCCCCUUCAGCACGUGCCAUCGGAGCAGAUAUGGAUGCUGCCCUAAUGGAAUAUCAGCUGCUCAGGGCCCCAACAAUGUGGGUUGCACACAAUAUUACAGUGAUGUUUAUGUGAGCAGAAACAGGCCCGCUGCAGCCUCCCCAACGGCGAGCCAAGCUUUGUCCCAGCAGAACCCGUCUGAUGAGUGUCGAGGUUCUUUGUAUGGCUGCUGCUAUGACAACAUCGCUUCAGCUUCAGGACCUCAAGGGGAAGGAUGCCUCAACAGACCCAGCCAACCUUAUCCUGUCAAGUGUCUGCUGCCCAGUGCCCAGGGCCCCUGCACAGACUGGACCACUCGCUGGUACUUUGUAACUGCUGUUGGCAAGUGCAACCGGUUCUGGUAUGGUGGUUGCCAUGGUAACACAAACAACUUUGCCUCAGAGGAGGAAUGCAUGAGGGCCUGCCAAGGCUCCAUGGGAACAAGCAGUGUGGGGCACCAGCACCACAGGGGGACUUUGCACAUCCACUCUGGCUCCCAUCCACGAGAGGGAGAAGCCCAAGGACACCCGCAGCCAUCUGCAAGAGGAACUGAGAGUCAUAGCCAAGGAGAAGGAACACGAGGGUCUUUCCACGUUGCCCAACCUGGGCCUGAUAGCCAUACAGCAUGGCAGGGCACAGGGCUGCACCACAGGGAGAAUGGCUGGAGAAGGACCAUGAAUGUGGAUAUACUGCCAGAGUCUUCACAGAGGAGUGGCACAUUGGUUAACCAGCGCUUGGGCUCUCAUCACUCUGCAGCUCAUGGGGAAAGGAGGACGGACCAAUCAAGCGAGCUGCAUGGGAGAGGGGAAACAAUGGUGUCUGGGCACUCGGAGAGGCAGCUAACUGUCAAUGGGCAGGUGGUGCAGCAUGAACAUGAGCAGUGGCGGAGUCCCUCUGGAGCAGACACUCCUGGGGAGGAUGGACUUGGGCAUCGAACCUCACCAGGUUCCACCUUGCAGCGAAGCUUGUACAGAGUCAUCCUGGAAGGAGCUGAAUCCUCUGUAGUGGAGGCAGCCUUGGGACAGACCAUUCAUCUUCUCUGCAAGGCUGGUUCUUCUCCCUUCCCCAGAAUUGAGUGGCAGAAAGAUGGGACGCCACUAUCAUCUGACAGGCAUGCCUACCAGUCUGACAGUUCCUUGGUGAUAAGCCGUGUCAGAGCUGAGGAUGCUGGGAUGUACACAUGCAUAACUUCAAAUGGGAAGAUGGAGAGCAGACAGAUUCAGCUAAGGAUCAAAGAGGACCGUGGAUCUCCUCUGACAGAGGGUAUUAGAGGUCAGCUCCUUCAUGGUUUGAAUCACCAACACAGAGAUCUCACCAGAGGAGUUAAUACUGUACAGUCACCUGGUUCCUCUGUACACCAGCCGCUCAUGUACAGAUUAAUAAUGGAUAAGAAUGAUCCUUCGGUGGUGGAUGCCAACAUUGGGGAGCGAGUCAGACUGCCCUGCGGAGUAGAAGCCUCACCUGCUUUAACCAUUGAGUGGCAGAAGGAUGGGCAGCCUGUUUCCUCUUCCAGGCACAGGCAGCAGUCAGAUGGUGCCCUGGUGAUCAGUCGUGUUGGCUCUGAAGAUGCUGGCUUCUUCACCUGCAUCGCUUCGAACGGCCGUGACCAGGAUCAACGGCAGGUCCAGCUUCGGACUCUAGGAGAGCUGAGGAUCACGGGUCUGCUGCCAAGCCUCACUGUGUCUGAGGGAGAAAAUGCCCAGCUCCAGUGCAUGGUGGUAGGCAACAAUGUGAAUGUAAGAUGGUCAAGGAAUGGAGUUCCAAUGCAAGCAGAUGGUCACCGCAUCCACCUGUCACAGGAUGGAAGCCUGAUUAUAAACAAUGCUCGGGCCAGUGACGAGGGAUCCUAUACAUGCAAUGCCUACAGGGGGAGCAACUCUGUCAGUGCCAGCACCGAGGUGAAAGUGAUCAAGAGCAGGCCUGAAGCUGUGGACCUGACCAGCGAGUGUGUUGACCAGCCACACCUUGCCAACUGUGAUCUGAUCUUACAGGCCCAGCUCUGCACUAAUGAGUAUUACUCCAGCUUCUGCUGUGCCAGCUGUUCUCAGUACCAACCCCAGGACAACCCUGUUCGCCACCAGGGAUGAGAAUCAGCUCUAGCCCAGCUCCCAAGAGAAGGCAGCCUAUGACGAUUACUGGACAGGAACAGGGACUUUGUCCUUUUUACUCCCAAAACAAUCUAGGAGCUCAGGUGGGCUGUUUUGCCAAUAUAUGAAUGCUACUCAGUGUAAUUGUUCAGAGGCAGCAGAAGCUCCACUGUCCCAACCACAUCACAGCCCCUUGUUUUUACACACGCUUUGCUGUAACAGCACCUGCCUUCAUUCACAGAAGAAAUGCUAAGAACCAAAGAAUCGUGUUAGGCUUCUCUAAAGUACCAGGCAGUGUGAAAGAGAGGGGGAGAGAGACUUCAUGCAAGCAAGAGAAAGCUUUCCUAAAAACAAAAUCUGCGAGCCACUUGGAGAAAGACAACCACCAUCCAGCUAAUGCCCUGAACAGUGAGGCUGCAUAGACAGGGUGGUGGAAUGUUUCUAUCUAAAAGCCUGUGGGCACCGAAGGGGGACAGAACAUAUUGCAUGUAAACAUGGUGUUCCAAUCCCAUGACAGCCUCCAAUGUUUCUCUAUGGCUAUUUAUUUCAUCCUAACACACUUUACAAACAGAACUCUAGGCACAGGUCAUUUCAGUCUCCACCAAAAUAGGGCCAGUUUUGGGAAGAAACAUAUUACUUAACUGCUCACAGCAACAGGGGCAUUUCAGGUGGGCCAAGUCCCUGUGCUUUAACCAUCCCUGCACUUAGAAAAGCAGGGUCCUGGUUUUUAUAAUUCAUCCAACACCACAGCACCAUGCUGGGGCUUAGUGCAAAGACUACUUUCUGCCAACUGACUCACCAGUGCUUUAGAGCUCUGUCCUUGCUUAACUGCCAAGAGACUACAUGUCCUUUAGGACUCCACCUUCUCAGAGCUGUGGAGGAAGUCAUUCCAUCAGUGUGGUCCUACAGGUAAGGAAUGCCACAUACAGUGUAAAUAAAACAGAAGCAUUCAUCAUUCUGUGACCAGCAAAGGGUGACACCAUCAAAUGUAUACACAGGACUGUGAAAGAAAACUCUGAGGUGCCUUGCUCAAGCCAAGACAGGGUAAGAUCCCAAAACAGAAUUAUUGCCUCCUAUGUUAGUGUAUUACGUUUAAAGCUUCCUCUAGAGAGUUACUGGCUUGUUCCAAUGUGCCUGCUGUAACUUGAGUGAGUUGGUCAGCUACACCAUUACACCGUAUAUUCCAGCAUGUGUAGAGGCCCAACCUCCUCAGUGUUACUCAACCUUUGGUAUUUCCUCUUUGAUUCUAUGCUAGGCCCUGAGGCACUGCUAUUCCCUCCCAUCCAGCUGUCCAUACUCUGUGCUGCGGAGACCAUUUUAUUAGCAUAAAACUGGAUUUUGGUCAGUUCAAUUGUCUAUAUGGGUUGUAGCGAAUGUGUGCUGUGUACAUGCUGAGGUCUAAACUAGUCAAUUAACCUAAUAAUCCAUAAGUUGCUAGGAAAGAGUAUUUUCUACUCUUUAACAAGGUUGAGCAAAAUUUGACUGUAGUGUAUCUAUCACCUUUUCUCCUCCCAUGCAGGGUACUAAGCAAAAUUAGCCUCCUUUCCUGUAACAGGACUUUCUUUGCUCCUGUAUAAGGCAGCAUUGAAGUCUGCGUUCUCUUCCUAGCCUUGUUCUGUGACGUUAGGCAAAUCCCAACGCUUUUCUGCCUCAGUUUCUCCAUUAGUGAUAUAGGGAUACCACCUGCCCCACAGGAGUGCUAAGCACUUUAAUUCACUCAACUCUGUAAAGCACAUUGCUGGUUUGCAAUCAACAAGAAAGCAUGUGGAGAAAUAUAAAUUAGUGAAAUUCAGUUCCUAAAGCUCUCAAUAUUAAGAUUCCUCUCUGAUGGCUGUGCAUGUGCUCUACAGAGCACCAGCAGCAGGAGGAGAAUAGCACUAGAGGCUAGCCCCGCCCUGUCUGAUUUACCAUUGCAAUGCCCUGAAGCAAACAUAUAAAGAAAAAGUGAAUGAAACACAGUUAUAGUGAUAGAACUUGAUCACCACACUUCCCCCAGGCUCAGCUGAGGAGGAUUUACCAGUGUAACAAUUUCUAUCAUUUAGUGUUAAACAUGUUAGCAAGAGUCAACCUUUGGUUAAGUUACACAAGUUUGUAGCACUCAUGUAAGUGGUCAGCUCCUGCAGCACAGGAUUGGUGAUAAGUUCCACUUGAAGUAAAGGCCUUUUUUUCUGGUUAAAGCAGCUGAUGUCACUGCAUCUAGUUUUGAUGAAGUGGAGUCAGUUACAUUAAGUUGAUCAUACUUUCUCUUCACUGUAUAAAGAUGGAUGAUGGUCAGUUUCAGUAUAGAUAUUUGGAAGCAGCUGUCCAGAUUUGAUUUUUCAAAUACAGUUUUAUACUCUGGCUAUUUUCAAAUGGAUUCCUAAAUACAGUUGUUACUUCACACUGUUUUAAAAAGACAUACAACCACCUUACAAAAUGAAGGAAGAUGUCCUUUCCCCUACCCAUUUUAUUCUCUAUUUGAGACGUCUGAGAUUUUGCUGAAGCUUUAAUUUUAUAGUAACCAAACUAGCAGGUUGUUUACUUUUUUGGGCUGUUUCUAGAAAUCAUGAAGUAAAAUAUGUUCACUGUUCAGGGAAGAAUGUUAGUGGACUGUAGGAAGAUCAUAUUCUGCUUGGACUGACAUCAAAUGGUAGGUGUAGCUGUAUCAGAUAAAUCUGAAUGGUGUAUUCCCCUUGAUUGUGGAUAUCUACAAGCGGAAUGAAAAGUUACAUGCAUGAUAGCAUUUGCAUUUGAUGUUGCAGAAAAAGCUGUCACACUGUUUGAGGAAUGGUAUGCUCAUGGUAUUAGACAACGCAAGGGGCAGAGUUAAUGUUGCACGUCCAAUCUUAAACUCAGCACUGCCUGACUUGAGUGCUUAGCCAUGCAACUUUAAAAUAACAUGAUAAACAGACUUAGCAAGUUUAAAAAAAAAAGAGAGAAAAAGUGAAGUCUUGAGGAACAUGGCCUAGAGCUAGGGUGGGUCUUACCCCAGGGACACACCAGGUUGUAGCAGUCACAGAAAGUACCAAUUUAUUUCAGUGGAAAAACAAAAGCGCAAAUUCCCUUUACCUGGCUUUAGUGUUUGAGACUAAACUUCUCUUAUCAUUCAAGGUACAAAAUUAUUGGAUUCAGCAGAAUGAUGGACUUUUUAGAAAGGGAAAUAUGAGCCACUGUCGUGGCUUGUGUUUCAUACUUAGCUUUCCCAGUGCAGAGAGGCUAUGCACAUUCACCAACUCUCUGAUUGCAUCACCACUCACCUUAAUAGAAUAGGCAGCAGCUUACAGAUUUGUGGACUAUAAAGAACCUCAGAAAAAAAUGGAGACUAGUAAGAGCAGAGAUUGAUUGCCUUCUCCAAGGGCUGCCAGGAUCUUCAUGCCUUUACAUUGGUUAAGAGAAAAACCACCUUCUCUUCUCUUUCUGAUUCUGUUAAUGACACAGCAAGACUAAUAGUUUGGACAUAACUGCCAUGGAACAGAAGGGUGUCAUCACUGCUGAGUCCACACCAUGGAA